AUGGAUGGUAAACGAGCAGUAGGAGAACCGUAUUUGAUAGAUUCGUCGACUUUUUCAUCGGAAACGUCCAAUAAUUUUGGUGAAUUUUGCUUCGAUUCAGCUCGAGCAACAAAGUCUGGCAUUACUUUCAGUAACAAUGAUUGUACAGUAGAAUGGACAAAACCAUACGAGGCAAGCUGGAUUCCGAUUCAAACAAAAUCUAAACUACAUUCUGGAAAAUGGUCAUUACAAUUCCAUGUUGAAGAAAUGAAAAGCGCACAAAUUGGUGUAGGCUUUCUGUUAGACUGGAGUAUUGAUCCUGAUUGGGGAUUUUUUGGUUACUUGGGUGCGUCUUCAACAGCAUGGUCGUAUGAUCCAUCGACUGGUGAUAUUGUUAGUAGAACAGAUUCCAUUCGAGGCAAUUUACCGAAAUUUAAUGGAAAUAACGGUAUUAUUGAAUUGGAACUUGAUCUUCCACAAAAAGACAAAGGCAGCUUCACUUUCAUCAUCGAUGGUGUUCGAACACCAACGAUUCAACUACCAAAUUCAGGUGCAGUCGCCAUACCAGCUGUCUGUCUCUUGUCGCAUGGACAAAAAGUUACGAUCAAAGACUUGAAACGGACAAACUGA